CACGAGUCAAGUGUUCCAUUUGACUUCGAGCAGGAUUUGAGGGGAAAGACAUGCCCAGCUUAACAGGAACAUAUAUGUUCGUGUGACCCACGUGGCGGGCGCAUGUAGAUUCUGCCCAAAGGUAUCUGCCUGACCGACGCCCUUCUUCUUUCAAGAAGUCAGAUUGUCAUGUCAGCCGCGGCACAACGGGGGACGCUGGCACCACUUCCGGAAUAUCACCGCCGUGGACUGAUUGUACUCACCAUUUUCUCAUUCCUCUCCGCCAUUGCCACAACUGCUCUUACACGACCACAAGAUGCCGAUAGUAACGAUCUACCGGAUCUCUCUUUGGGGUUGGAUGCCCCUUGCGCAGGAACCACCGGAUUCGCCCGACUGGAGGAACUUGAUAGACUAGCCGCGUCACAAGAGCAAGCGGGAGAGGUUGCAAGUGCCACUGGGGAUCGGGACGAGCAGGAGGUUGAAGAAGCCCGCAAUCCUUUCCCCAUUCUCAUCUAUAAUCUCUUACUGGCAGAUAUGAUGGAAGCUGUUGCCUACGCGCUCAGUAUAUCCUGGGUCUCAGCUGACGGCAUCUUUGCACCUUCGUCAGUCUGCUGGGCGCAGGGUUGGCUGGGCUCGACCAGUAACUUAGCAGCGAGCCUAUUCCUAGCGGUUAUUUCGAUCAACACGUUUUUGACAGUAGGCUUGGGCUACAAGCCACCGCCGUGGACAAUCUAUACCUCGAUAGGGGUUCUCUGGAUAUUCGACUUUGGAAUCAAUGGCGCAGGAGUAAUAUUUUCGGAGAUCCACCCAGCAGUUCCUCAAGAGUCUUUCUUCAUGCGGGCCAAUGUCUGCGAAGCCUCCGAAUCAGGAUUCGAGACCGGUCAUGGAUCGGAAGUUCGACGACCUUCAGGCUAUCACCCAGCCUUUCUUGCGUACCCGUUCGUAUAUGUCGCUUGCAGCGUGCCUCUAAUAAUCGGCCGUAUUACUUCUCUGCUGGGUGUCGAUCUUGGUAUAUCAUAUUUCGCCUUUGCGGGAUCCAUCUUGGCUGCGAAUGGACUCUUUAACUCAAUAUUAUGGACCACAACAAUUAUGUUCAGCGAGCCACAAGACGCACACAACACGGGCUUGGAACAGUUCGCCUUCGUCAGAACCCCGAUACGAGAUUAUGGACACACUGUCGUCAUCAGCGGUCCUGCAAGUCGAAGAGUGCCUGAGCCAAGUAUUGUCCCUGGCGGCGGUCGCAAGGAAUGGUGGUGGUGGAAACAUGGCGGGCAGAGAGGCUGGGGGAGAUCCUAUGCCAACAUGCAUGGAACGCCCAGAGUAAGCGCAGUCGAGGUGCACGAUCAUACAUUACCAGUCAUUGUGGAAGGUCCCUAUAUUCAGAUGGACAUUGUCACAGCUGUUACCGUUGAGCAAGCGGAGAUUCAGCCGAUACCCCCGGGCAGGCCUCUAGACACCUACCCAGCAAAAUAG